AUGCUGGAACUAAAUGCUGCAAGCAUCAGGAUGCUGGAACUGAAUGCUGCAUUGCUGACAGCCAAUCAGAUUCCAGAAUGCAAAGAAGAUGCCUCUGCAGAGAGACCUAUGACGCAGGUUGGUGAAAGCCUUAUGGAAGCCAGCCUGCCGACACAUCUUCUUUCGAUGAAAGCAACAACAAAAGUAGGAACUUGGAAUGUAAGAACUAUGUAUGAAACGGGUAAAGCAGCUCAAGUAGCAAAUGAGAUGAAGCGCUACAACAUCCAAGUACUAGGAAUAUGUGAAAGUAGAUGGAAUGGAUCCGGCCUGACCACUUUAGCAACUGGAGAAAAGAUCCUCUACUCGGGACACGCCGAAGAGAACCAUGACCACAAAGAAGGAGUUGCCAUCAUGAUGUACCCUGCAGCUGCUAACGCACUUAUGGAGUGGCAGCCAGUUUCCUCCAGAAUCAUGAAAGCAAGAUUCAACUCUAAAGGGAGGAAGGUGACCAUCAUCCAGUGCUAUGCCUCCACUAACGGUGCAGAUGAAGAGACAAAGGAAACAUUCUAUGACGCACUACAAACAGUAGUAGACGAAUUACCCAAGAGAGACAUCAAGCUCCUGAUGGGUGACAUGAACGCCAAGAUAGGGAAAGACAACACAGGUAAGGAAUUGAUCAUGGGUACCCAGGCCCUCGGAGAUAUGAACGAAAAUGGCGAAAUGUUCACAGACUUUUUUUGCCUUCAAUGA